UACAAAAGAGCAAUAUCUAAGUGAGCUAGUCUGUCAUUGCAGUUGUAGAUAGCAGUCAGUGCUGCACGGUUGCUGUCACUGUACCGACAAACACGGAAAGUUCCAGAAAACACUAAACCGUCUAAAACUGUGAAGUUUCACACGUCUUUAAUACGGAUUAAAUGAUACUGAAAUGUUGAUAGACAUGUUAGCUUCACGACUAAGAGCAUAACUCCGUGUGAAAGAACGUGUUGUUCGAUUGAUUGAAAAUGCUUAUAGUACAAAAUAGUGCUGUUUGUUUACAGCUGUAACAUGGCGCUGAUGUCUAAAGUGUCCCCGAACCGGUUUCUUAUUACAACGACACUUUCGCCCUGUUUGCUUUCGAAUCAAUUUGUCUUCUGAAUUACGAUCGAAGAACUUUUCAGUCUUUCGGAUUGGGCUGAAUAAAAUGUAUUACUUUGCUUGGAUGAUGGUAUUUUAUAUUUCUAGAUUCUUCUGCAACAUAAGCACUUGGACUGGUGUCUAGGACCAAGCAGCUUUGUCGGGAUCAUGGGCGAGAAUGGCCCGCAAACUGAGACAGCCAUGUAUUUUGAAGAGGAUGAGGACGAUGUCGACAAACUGGGCAGAGAGGAAUAUGAUGAGUGCAAAAUGGCUGAUUCCGACAAAGAAGACAUGCUGAUUCCCAAGCCUUCGUCAUCUUUGGCAAGAGUGUACGAUCGCACCACUGUACUUAUCGAACAGGACCCUAUUCAUCUGGAUGAGGAAGGGGAAGAGGACGGCCACUGUCACCCAGACGAUGAUGGUGUAGCGUUUUUAGCCGAUGGUGAUGGAGAUGAGGAGGGGACGCUGGCCUUCAUGGCUGACCCAGACGGCAUGGCACAGGGCUACGUGCACCACACCAUCUCAGCCGAUCAGAUCCAGUUCAUCAUCAAUCCUGGGUCCACCCCCAUGCCCCGCAACAUUGAAGGAGCCACUCUUACGCUGCACUCUGAGUGUCCAGAGACCAAGCAAAGAGAGGUAAAGCGGUACCAGUGCACAUUUGAGGGCUGCACUCGCACCUACAGCACAGCGGGAAACCUGCGCACACAUCAGAAAACACACCGUGGUGAAUACACCUUUGUUUGUAACCAGCAGGGCUGUGGUAAAGCCUUCCUGACCUCCUACAGCCUAAAGAUCCAUGUUCGAGUGCAUACUAAAGAAAAACCUUUUGAGUGUGAUGUACAGGGUUGUGAAAAAGCCUUCAACACACUGUACAGGCUGAAAGCACAUCAGCGGCUGCACACAGGAAAAACAUUUAACUGUGAAUCAGAAGGAUGCACAAAGUACUUUACCACUCUCAGUGACCUGAGAAAGCACAUUCGUACUCAUACAGGAGAGAAGCCCUUUCGGUGUGACCACGAUGGAUGUGGUAAAGCUUUCGCUGCUAGUCACCACCUGAAAACACAUGUGCGGACACACACUGGAGAGAAGCCUUUUUUCUGCCCUAGUGAUGGCUGUGAGAAGACGUUUAGUUCACAGUACAGUCUGAAGAGUCACAUUCGGGGCCAUGAUAAAGGCCCUGUAUACCCAAUUAGCCUCAGCAAUCCUCUGUCAGAGGAUGGAAAUCAUUCGCUGUGCCUCAGUGAUUUGAGCCUUAUUUCCACAGAGUCUGAGCUUCGAGAAAAUUUCAACAAUUGUCAGAACUUGGAUCUGAAUAAUAUCACUCCUGUGAAGAUAUUCGAGUUGAUGUUGCAGAGCCCUGAAAACAAUGUUAGUCAGGAUGACCAACAUUCAUCAGACAACCUGGUGGAGGCUUUUGGUUUGGAGACUCCACCGCCGGCUGCAGUGACUGAUUCAUCCACUCUCCUUCCUUGCCUUCAGAUGCCUUCAUCCUCUUCUUCUAGCUCUAUUACCACUCCUGUUCCAGAGAUCUCCACACAGCCUGGCUCCUCCUCCUGUCAGGCAUCAUGCACACACGGCUCCACACACACACCUCCACAGUCUACCACGUUCCCUUCUUUCCUCCAUACCUCACUACAAACACCAGAAGUGCCCACUCAAGCUGUGCCUGCUGCCACCCAACACUACACCCCAGUGGUGCCCACAGCACCUGCCAGCUCCCUACCAGUGUCUGUUCCGACAACGGCCAGCGUCUCAAGUCCUACAUCAGUCAUCAGCACAGGAGCAGCUGCAGUAGUAACGCACACAGUGCCUUUAGCAGGCAGUGACAGUCUAGCGCCAACACCCACCAUCACCAUCGCACCCACACAGGGCCUCCUGCAGCCCAGCCUUGUCAUGUCUGACCAGAAUCUGCAGUGGAUCCUCAGCAGUGCUGCCAAUGCACAGCACAAUCCUGAACAGCAGGGGCCAAAGGUGGAAAAGGUCUUCUUCACAACAGCCAUACCUGUAGGAGGACAUUCAGGGAACCCUGUGCAGCAGAUUGGCCUUAGUCUCCCCGUCAUCAUCAUUAAGCAGGAGGAGGCAUGCCAGUGUCAAUGUGCCUGCAGAGAUUCAGCUAAAGAAAGGAGCUCCAGUCAGAACAAUGUCUCCUCACAGCAGGAGCCUAAAGACAUUUCUCCACCACCUCCAACACCUUCAGAUACACAUGCUGUUCCAGAAUGCUGUUCCACAAAGGUGAACACUCCUCUUUCGUCUAGCUCCACUCAGACUUUCCACAGUGAGGCGCUGGUAUCUAGCGCUCCCUCAGACAGCCUGGCCAGUGUGGAUGUUGUGGACCUGCUUAGCCCUGAAACCACCGCCAAAAUCGAGGCACUGCUGAUGGUCACUGAUGAGUUCUCCAUGGGUGAGGGCAACAGCAACACCACCAGCUAGAGGCAGUCAAGGGUGAAACCACCUCAGUUUUUUUUUUUUUCAGUAUCUACAGUAUGCAGUUUCCAUCUGAUUCAUAAGGGCACCUUGUGUAAACCGGGGUCAUGUGUGUCAGACUUCUCAGUGUAAGACAGAUGAUUUAUGAUCAGCUUUGGUCUUUCCUGUUCUAUAAAACAUGAUCUUCCGGACAUGGGCUGCUUAAUAUUUGAAUCUUUAGCUAGUAUUUUACUCAUAGUGCACUCUGAUUAUUUCAGACCUGUGCUACUUGUGCACUUUCAGAUUAUGGAAAUAUUCCCACUGAAAAUAGAGUUUUAUAAGUAGCCAUUUGUUUGAAGUUGCUUUAUCAUUUGCACUGUAUAAUAAUAGUCCUUCCAGACAUGCUCAUGACAUGCUAUACCAGAGAAAGAGAGUAUGAGGACAAAUACAAAACUAUUUGGACAUGUGGCUGGGGUUAAAAAUGCAAAGAAUCAAAUAAUAAUUACUAUCUACUAACUCUGAUUUUACAAAACACAAGCAAUAUUAGAAAUCGUAAUAAUUCAGAUGGUAAAGUUUUGUUAGUAUGAAUCGUGUUACUUAGUCUAGUUUUGAGUAGAAUAGGACAUUUUUAUAUGGUAGAGAUACAGGGCCAGUCACAAGAACACAAUGCACUGAGAAACUGUUCACCAAGACAAAUUUGACUUGUUGGCCAGUCACACUGAAAUUAACAAAAUCAAAUGCCCACAUGUGAUUCACCAGAAUGUACUGCAGGUAAUUGUAAUUGGCAUAUCAGGAACCGAGAGUAAAGCCCUUUCAGACUGCAGUCAUUCAAAUCCAGAACACAGCAUGUGAUAUGAAAAGUAUUUUAUGUGUAAUUUAUUUAGGACGACUACACAGUAGCCCAUGAAAUGUGAUUCUAAUGUAAUCUUGAAGCAGAUUCUGUCAGCAGAAAUGACUUGCUUUUAAGUGUAAAUGAUAGCUACUCAUGGUUGGCUGGCUGUACCAUUUUAUUUAAUUUUUAGAUGUUAAUUUAUUAAAAUAAUUUAUCUCAUUAGAUUAACUUACUAAAAUAGCCUACUCUAACUUGGUGGACCAAGUUUUUAUUCAUAUGUUUAUUCUUUGUGGUGAAGUCAACCACCAAAGGUAGAGAGAGAGAUUUUUUUUCUUCUUCUUCUUCCUGCCUUUGGUUGGCAGGUCAGACAGGAUAAUGCAGCUGGAGUUGCCCAACCUUUUUGCUGCUUUGUAGUUACUGAAUUGAUUUCAGCCUCUGACCUUCCUUUAUUUAGACCCAUGUAAGUCUCACUGUUGUGGCCUGCUCAGGGAUAUAUAU